CAGUGUUUUUUAUAUGUUAAACUGUGCUGUCACCAGCAGUGUUUUUUUAUGUUAUGGUGCGCUGUCACCAGCAAUUUUUUCAUAUGUUAUGGUGCGCCGUCACCAGCAGUGUUUUUUAUAUGUUAAACUGUGCUGUCACUAGCAGUGUUUUUUAAUAUGUUAUGGUGCGCCGUCACUUGCAGUGUUUUUUCAUAUGUUAUGGUGUGCCGUCACCAGCAGUGUUUUUUCAUAUGAUGUGGUGCGCCGUCACCAGCAGUGUUUUUUAUAUGUUAAAUUGUGCCGUCACCAGCAGUUUUUUUACAGGGCUCGAAAUUGCGACCAUUUUGGUCGCAUAUGCGACCGAAAUUUAACCUGUGCGACCGUUAAAUAUAUUUGGGAGCAUUUGUGCGACUGCCCAUUUUGUUGUGGUGCGACUUUAUUUAUAUGCUGUGUGCUGUGUACUGUCCUGGGAUCAGUGUUUUCUCCAACGUUACAUAACCAAUAAAAUUUCACCAUUAAGUUCUUGCGUUUAAUGAAGACCGCAGAUUGGCUAAAAUGAGUGUAAACAAUUCCUUGUUGCCGUGCUGCUACGUUGCUACGCAGAACGCGAAAACCUGUAAAAACAACCACAAGCAUGAAGAGAACAUUGAAAGAUUUCUUUUGUAAGCCGACUACCACCACUACUGUAAUUGAUGGUGACGUUGCAGAAUCACGUGGGACUGCACCACCGGAAAAAAGGCUUACUUGUUUCGCAGAGAGUGGCUUAAAGACUUCGAGUGGCUCCGUUAUGAGAAGGGCUCGAUGUACUGUGUUCACUGUAAAUCCUGUGGACCGGAGGUUGCAGGUAAAACAGCGUUCGCCGUGGAGUCCACACAUUUUAAGCGCGAGACCUUGUCUAAGGUUGUUUUCACAUAUGUUGGUGCGCACCGUGGUGCGGCCUCGGACCGCACCAAAAUACAUUGUAUCAUUUUUCAGUUAGUGCGGUCCGUGUUCACAUAUAUAUUUUUUUGCUGUACUCGAAAUGCUGCACCGUACACCAUGUGACAACGGUCAGUGCUGUCAUUGGUCUCUGACAGCUCUUACCGUCUCAUGACCACCCCCACGUUUCCACGACAACCAGCCUGACAGGGAGAGCGCAGCUAUCAAGAUGUGGAGAUAAACGAUGCACGUCUUUGCGAAGUUUCUUUGCUUUAACGCGAAAUUGCGUAGCUGUUCUAUUAAAGCCUUUCUCACGGAGCCGUUUGCUAAAAAGCCCCUAAUGUCACUAUUUGUGUGUGGAGGACAGCUAUGCAUUUAUAAAAUCAUCAGCUCAAAGGUAAAGGAGACAGCGAAUCUCUAUGCAACGGACCAGGAUUGGCUUGUUUGUUGUUAACCCACAAUAUAACACCCGGCACACGUCACAACGGAAACCCAGUGGCUCAAACAUGUGGAGAACUUCCUGUAUUUGGUUCGGCCCGAGGUCCAGCAGUGCUCACACCACAGGUGGGUCGCCCCAGAGUUCGGCAACAGCCGCUCCGAGACCACCUGUUUAGAGCGGUCUCGGAGCGGCCGUUUAGUGCGCACCCGAGUGCGGCUGUUGUGUUCACACUGACCCAAACGCACCUUACUCGGAGCGACACGUCAUUUGGUCCGACCUAAACAGUGUAUGUGUGAAAACACCCUAAACACGGCCAAAGUGCCAAACACAAGAAGUGCCGUAACAAAUGUGUGGGAAAGAGUUCAGCAUCGAGUUCAAUUGUUGAUGCUUUUGAACGACAGGAUGCUGCCAGCCGUUCCGCUUUGCUGGCAGAGUUGAAAAUAAAAUUUAACACCGCCUAUACGAUUGCCAAAGAAGAGCUAGCCUUCACUAAAUUUAAACCGAUGUUGCAGCUCCUGAAAAAGAAUGCCGUUGAGAUCAACAUGACAUACGCAAAUGACAGGUCAUGUGCCAACAUCAUUGGCGUAAUAACGGACACCCUCCGGGAGAACACCGCAGUUCAAGUGUCGUCAUCGCAAUACGUUGCAUUCAUUAUUGAUGGAGACACGGACAUAUCCGUCAAAGAAUGUUUAAUAGUGUAUGUGCGCAUUCUGCUUGAUGGACAUCCGAGAAACAUCCUUGUAGGGCAUGUUGAGUUGGAACACGCCAAUGCUGAUGGAAUGAAUGCAGCCACCAAGUCAGCAUUUGCUGGUCUUGGUGGGUCAUGCCAGGACUGGCUCCAGAAGACUGUGGCGAUGGGAGCUGAUGGAGCAGCUGUGAAUUUUGGAAGGAAGGGAGGAGUAUCAGCAAAACUUCAAGAAGAGGCAGGAAAGCACAUUAUCCCAUUUCACUGCAUGCCUCAUAGAUUGGAGCUUGCUCUGCUAUCUGCCCAAAAGGAUUCACCUUGGGUAAGCAAUGUAUACAACCUGCUCAACUUAAUCUGGAAGACUUAUCACUACAGCUCUAAAUCCAGAAGAGAGUUAAAGUGCCUUGGAGUCGAACUGGAUGUGUCUGUAAACAAUCCAAGUGGAGUCAAGGGAACAAGAUGGUUGCCACAUGUAUCCAGGGCAUUGGAUGUGCUCCUGAAGCAAGAGAAGAAGGAGGGGACCCUGGAAGAUGCUGGGCAGUACACUGCUGUAUAUACUCAUAUGGAACACCUUGCUGCAUCAUCAGCUAACGCUGAUAUAGCUGGCAGAGCAAAGCAUGUCAAGGAGACUAUGGAGGAUGGCUCAUUCCUGGCAUUUUGCCAUUUCUUGGCAGAUUUAUUUUCUGCCAUCAGUAAAUACAGCCUAUUACUACAGAGAAAUGAUGUGAUCCUCCCACAGGCAGUCAGCAGCUUAAGGAACCUUAUUCUCAACAUUGAGGCAAUGGCUGUGAGGCCAUCUCCAAGUGGCAGGCUGGCUUCCUUCCAUGCAGCUAUGAAGAGGCAAAGAGAUGGUCAGGCAGAACAUGUAACAGACACUGCAGCAACCAAAGCUGUCCAGUGUUUCCAGGUGUUUAUCCAUGAUUCUUGGCCGGAAACUUUGGAGGAGUUGGUUGAUUAUGGAAUUGAGGAGGUGCACUAUUUGUUGGACCAUUUUCAAUCUGUACUUGAAAGGAAUGGCUGUGACUGUGCCCUGGCUAAAGAGUAGUUUCAGGCAUUGAAAACUCUAGUGUUCAUGUCCUUCAAAGACAAGAGCUACCAUGGGCUAUGGGAAAUCCUUCUGACCAAGGAACCCUAUUGCUUGGAUUUACAGAACAUCCUUCAUCUGGUGAAGAUCAUGUUGGUCCUUCCUGUGUCCUCAGCACAAUGUGAAAGAGGGUUCUCAGUCCAGAAAAGGAUAAAAUCAGACGUCAGGUCUUCAUUAAAUCCAAGCACUGUAGAAGAUCUGAUCUGAAUCAGUGUUGAGGGUCCUUCUUUGGAGGCAUUUGAUGCCUCAGCCGCAGUAAAGAGAUGGAUGGAAGAGGGACAAAGAGCCAGAAGACCAAAUUUCAAAUCCUGGCCACAGGAUGCUUAAAGCCCAGUGAUUGCGUUUUAUUUUUAAUAAAAUAAAUGAAUUAACAUAUA